AUGGAGCUUCCCCCUAUGCAUCCUGGACCUGCUGUUCGAGAGCUACUGUUGCUCCAGGGCAACCAUAGGUCUUCACACAUCUGGGAUGGACAGUGUCUGUCACAUACCUUCCACCCCAGACGUAUAGACGAUCUUUGGGAGUUCAAUAGGGACCACCCACUACAUCCCCGUAAAGUUAGACGCCUUCAGCAGAUGGAGUUUUACCAGAUUAUAGAGAUCGGCCGAUUGCAGUUUGACUGGGCCCUGAUCACGGCUAUGAUAGAGCGGUGGCGAUCGGAGACGUACACGUUUCAUCUACCCAUCGGCGAGGCUACCAUCACGCUAGAGGACGUGGAGAGGUUGACAGGUUUCCAGCUUGCGGAGCCGACUGCUUUGAGUGGUGCCAGUCGAUUGCAGCUGACGCCCGUUAGGCAACAUUUGGUGGCGUUGCACGCGGAGAUUAUUGAUGACUCACCACCAGAGGCUAUCGACCGGCAGACGAGGUUGUUGUUGCUGAUGAUAUUUGGUGGUAUUCUGUUCCCGAAUACUUCAAGAAACCUAGUUAGCUUGCGAUUUCUACAUCAUCUGGAGAGGCUAGAUGGGUUACCUAAUUACAACUGGGGUGGAGCUGUUCUAGCCUACCUUUAUAGGCAGCUGUGCCGGUCGUCCAAGGGCACCGUGAGAGACAUUGCCGUUUUUAUAUUGCUGCUGCAGGUGGUAACAUAA